AUGAGGUGUGCUUCUGUAACCCUUCUGCUGUGCCUGGCUACAAUGCUGCUUGCUCAAGUCACCUGCCAAAUAAACGGCCGGUCGAGCUGCCUUUGUCUCAAGACAUCAAAUCGGGUUCCCCGCAAGGAAAAUCUAGAAAGUUACAUGAUACAAAAUGCAGGCUCCUGCCAUAUUGAUGCCAUUUUAUUUAAAACUGUCAAAGGUCAAUUCUUUUGCGCUGAUCCACAAAACCCUUUGGCAAUAAAUGCCAGGAAAUAUAUGGAUAUGAAAAAUAAGACAGCAUUUCUCAUAAACCCCACAUCAACAUUAAAAACGGGAUCAACACUGAGUACAACAUCAGACCGGAAUGAUUUAAAACAGUCAACGGUUUAACGUUUUGUGCUAAUCCACAAAAGCUUUGGGUGAAAAAAGCCAUGCAAUUUGUGGACAAGAAGGCAAAUGAAACGACAGCCCAUCCCAUGAACUCCACAUCAACAUUUAAAACAGCAUCAGUGCAAAAUACAACAUCACACUGGAAUGGACAGGAUGAACUAAGAAGUGAUUCA